AAAAUGUUGAAAAUUACAGUAUAAACAUAGUUAAAGCUAGUAAAUAUAGUGUAUUAAGAACUUUUGGAUAGUCAUAGAACUAAAUUUCAUCAAAUUCAAACCAAAGAAACAUUAAAAUCAGUGAAUUAAAUUCGAUAUUCAUAAAAUACUAUAAUUAACAAAAAUGGAUUUCUUUUUCUUCGUUUUCAUCGCAUUUACAAUAUUUGUUCUUUGUUCAUUAUGCGGAUUCUGCUGCCGUAAGAAAGAACCAGGCGCCAUUUAUUCAACUCCAGUCGUAAUAACAGCAGAAUCACAUCAAGGUCCAGGAAAUGUAUAUGCACAACAGACGACGAUAACAACGAAUACUGUUCCUCUACAGAAUCCACAAAUGCCUAUGCCUUAUCCUGCUGCAUAUCCAACUGGAAAUGCACCGCCUUAUCCUCAGACACAGCCUGUUCAACCUUAUCCUCCCACUGGAUAUCAAGCGCCAUACCCUCAACAACCUGGUACUGCACCUUAUCCACAAACUGGGUAUCCACCACAAACUGGAUAUCCACCUCAAGCUGCAAUGAUGCCUCCAAGUUACAAUGAAGCUGUUGCUAGUCCAGUUGGAUAUCAAAUGUCACAAAAGCAAGAAGCAUACAAUCCAAAUUACACUGGAAAUUAAAGUUCUAUAUACUCAAAGACAUUAUAAAAGUAUGAAAUACGAAAGGAUAUUCAAUGUGCCCAUGUUACUUUAUAUUUUUAAUGAACAAUAAGGAUCAAAGCUGGAAAGAAAAUUUUGUGACUUAAUUUUCGUGUCUUACAUAAAUAUACUGCUUACAUGCUUAACAUUUCUUCAUUUUCCUCACAAUCUCC